AUGUCUAAACUGCCAAACGAGAUCUUGAACCAAGUCUUUGGAGACUCUCGCUCGCCGGAAAUCAGUUUUGUUAAACUCUUGCGAGUCCAAGAUGAUUAUGGCGUGAUUGAGUUUGACUGGCGCGACCAGCCUAUCUUCACUGAGGCCACAUUCCCCAGGUUUGACCCGGCUUCUAUGAAGCUUGGUCCUUUUGAAGAGAUGAACGAGGAACAUUUUCGACGUCGUAGGCGCGUAGAAGACUGGUGGAACAAGAGGCGCCCUACCAGUGCUCCUUUUCAUCCCCAGGCGCCACUUCGCUGGACGAAUGCGGCAGCUCGACGCAUUUCCUUCGGAGAGAACCCCGUUGUGCUCCCUAUACAGAUGGGACUACCGGACGAGUUGAAGCACAAAGAAGGAGACUAUCUCAUGACGACCCCGGAGUUUGAUGUUCUCAAGCGCUCACAACUAAUUCUAAACCCAACCUUGGACAUACUCUGUCUUCAAGUGGGAGAUUUGUCUGACCAUUUCCCCGAAGUGCCCAGUCCGGAUGGCUGCAAACAUGUCAUACAGGUCUCGGCAGCUCACCCUGGCACAAGCCGAAUUUCGAAACUGGCUGUUGAAUUUCAUGGUCCAACAACUCGGGAAUGGUGCAGAUACUGCAUCGAAAGAUUCGACAAUGGAGGCCAUAAGUCUGCAGGAGUCCUUGCUCAUAGCCCGGAGGACUGCCACAGGGCGCUGCCCGUCAGGCGCUGCGAACAGCCAUGCAACGAGUGCGACGAUUGCGAGGAAUAUGCCGUAACUUUCAGACCCCACAACGGGAUAUACGACCUGCUGGACGAGUUUGUCGGGGUUCGCAGCCUCUUUCUGAUAGACUGGGCUUAUGAAUCCGUGGGCACCGAGCCCGACCCAUCUACCGCCUACGCCUCCAACGGGGAAUACGACUUCUUUCUGGUGGAAAGAGGUGCAGGGCAGGAGAGAUGGCGGGCCGAGCGCCCAUGUCCCUUCGAGUCGCUAUAUUGUGCCGAAAGUAUAGAGCAGGGUUUCAAGUGGGAAUUAGAAUCAGAGGAGGCUGUUUUGAUGAAGAAAUUAAAUGAGCUAAACGACAAGCUGGCCGAUCUGGAUGAUCCGAAGGAGGAAAGCAGCAGGAAGACAUUAAAGCUGAAGAAAGACGCUCGGAAAUUAACGCAGAGACUGGCCGCUCCGAGGUCAAAGGAACCGUUUAGAUGCCAGGUCCUGGCUGCGGUGAAAAAGAAGAAAUCCUCUGCCGAGGAGAAUUCGACGGAAAGUGUUGCAGGGAGCAGUGACCAGGCCAAAAAGAGGCGGCGGGAUGGCAGCGAACAUGACUGUGAGUUGCGGGCAAAGCGGAGAGCAUAG